UUGCUCAGUGUUUGCUCAGCUCAGAUUUUCUCAUUUCUCAGAUUUUGAUCAGAUUUUUGGUUUUGGGAUUCAGGCUACACAGGUUUUGAUGUUACAGUUUUGUAUUCAUGUUACAGUUUUGGGAUUAAAGGCUAUACAGGUUUUGAUCAUUUGGGAUUCAGGCUACACAGGUUUUGAUGUUACAGUUUUGUAUUCAUGUUACAGUUUUGAGAUUAAAGGCUAUACAGGUUUUGAUCAUGUUACAGUUUUUGUUUUCAGCUCAAAUUUUGGACAAUUGUUUGCUCAGCACAGUUUUUGGGCUUGGUGCUAUACAGGUUAUCAUUGCAUCACAGAUUUUGAUAUCUAACAGGUCUUAUGGGCAGUAUAUUGUGUCAUUUUUUCUUUGACACUUGAUCUUUUUAAUGAUUACAGUUUUCCAGAUUGCCUAUUCUGUUUAGAUCAUUGUUGGUAUGGUUUUUUGUCAUCAAGGACAAAGGGGGAGUUUGUUGACCCUGAUUUGACCUUGAUGCCAAAAAGUAUACAUAGUGGCUAAUUCCUAAUCAUGGUUAAGUUUUUGACUCCCAUCGGGCAAUAUGGAUGGUUGCGUGGCAGUAAAGGAUAAAUGCACAUGUUAUUUGACUAAGCACUUAUGUCUUGGAAAUAUUGAUCCACGUGGUGGGCAACGUAAUGUGGACUUCAAAUUAUGUGGAUUCGGCCGUCGCUUUUCUACAGUUUUUUUUAUGGUCUUCAAUGACAGGUAUUCUCUAUAACUUUAUUUUGUACAAGAGCAAAUUAAUGGACGAAAUGGAGAAAACUUGUUACUCUCUGGUGAUUUUUCGAAUCAGUUAUGGUAAAUGUUUUGUUCAUUCCGUUUUUAUUUUGGAAAUGAAAAAGAAUGAAAGAGUUAUUGUUGUUUAUCUUCUGUUAGUUGAAGAAGAGCUGUUUAUUUAAAAUGAAAGGAAAAUAGUUGCUGUAACUGUGUACCGUAAAACAGUUUCUUUCUCUCAACCCUAACGUGGUUUUUGCAAACUACUUCGUGAGUUUCUUAUGAAGACUUGUCUGUUGUUUUUGGCAUAUAUAAAACGUUUGAUUCUCAGAACAGAUGAGGUGUGAAAAACAGUGAGAUACAGUGAGACAAGUGUGAAGAAAGUGAUAACAUUUUAAACAGUGCAGUAGAUUACCAGUCACAGCCGAGGGGUUUCUUAAGAAUCAAUACUCUGUUUUUGUUACAGAGUAUAUGAAACUAUGUUGAUGUGAAACCAUAUUGUUCAGGGUUUUUCGAAACCAUAUUGUUCAGAGCAUAUGAGGCUUUAAUGAUUUGAAACUAGAUUUUUGUCAGAGAUUGGAUAGUGUUAAUUUUAUUCUUGAAGAAUAUUGUUGCAAAAUUAUUCAUAUGUACAGACUGGUAAAAUAUUCUCGCUUCAAUCCCUGAUGGUUUUGUGACUGCAAGAAUAAAAUGCAUGCAUAAAAUCACCAGUGGUUGUAAGCUCGAGUUGAAAUAUUCAUUGAUAAGAAGAGGGGUUGGUGCUCCUUGAGGCCUUGUGGUUUCUAAAACAUGUGAACUGAGUUGGUGCUCUUUUUGAAUCAAUAUAAGGGAUCUUCCGAGUGGUUUUUCUACCCCAAGAGGGUUUUCCACUCAUGAAAAAUAUUGUGUUAUGUGCAUUGUCGUGUUUCAUUCUGUUUUACUACUGUAUGCUUUGAUACAUCAUAUUUUUAGUCCUCUUUAUCUCAUACUCUGUUUAGUUGGAUUUAUGUAAUGCAAUAUUGAAAGUACUGUUUUAAUGUUUCAAGUUUGUGUAAUAUUUUAAUACCAUUGUUUUAAAACAAGGUCUGAAUCAAAUGUUUUAGUUGGUUCAAUGGUAUAUUUCAUACUGCAUUAAUGUGUUUCAACAAUGUGUUAAGUCUCAGCCAUCUGUGCACACAGUGAAUUAAAAUUGUCAAGGUCCAUAAAAGUAUAACUCAUUAAAAUUUGUCACACUCUGACUCACCCCGCCCUCUCAGAGUGUUUUCCACUUCCAACAGGUUUACAGGGGAGAUCUGAAAGAUGGUAGAGUAGUUGCAUUGAAGGUUCUUAAUUUGAACAAUGAAGAAGCUCAUAAGAGUUUCAAUGCUGAAUGCAAGGUGUUAAGAAAGGUCCGACACCGCAACCUCACCAGGAUUUUAACAUCAUGUUCAAUCCCUGGCUUCAAAGCUUUAGUUUUUGAAUUUAUGCCAAAUGGAAGCUUGCAGACGCUUUUGUAUCCUCAACAUGGUGAUUGUGAAUUGGAAUUAGAAAGACGACUAGACAUUGCCAUCGACAUAGGAAACGCCAUGGAAUAUCUGCAUUACAAUUCUUCUGUCCAAGUUGUCCACUGUAAUAUGAAACCUGAGAAUGUCCUUUUGGACGAUGACUUGACAGGCCAUGUCACAGAUUUUGGAAUUGCCAGGUUAACUUCUGGUCCAGAAUCUAUGGGAUCUCUUACUUCAACAAUUUCCAUCAAAGGUUCAACGGGUUACAUUGCCCCAGAGUAUGGGCUAGGAGGAAGAGUUACUACAGAGGGAGAUGUCUAUGGUUAUGGCAUUUUGUUGUUAGAAAUGCUGACAAGAAAGAGACCGACAGAAGAUAUAUUUGCAGGUGAUCUUAACAUGCACAAGUGGAUAAACUCAGCCUUCCCUAAUAGCCUGAUAGAUGUUCUUGACAGAAGGUUGCUGCGGGAUAUUGUUGGAAUGGAAGAGGGCAUGGAAGAAGAGGAAGACUUGUACAAGCGGUGUUACACCACCUUAUUUGGUAUCGGUCUGGCUUGCUCAAAAGAUUCGGCAGAAGAGAGACCAAACAUGAAAGUUGUAGUGAGGGUGUUGGAGAGUGUAAGGGAUAGUUUGACAAAAAGCAGUGGAGCUUCUGUCAGAGUAUGGCCAAAUAUAUCUGAUUUAGUAAGCAAUCAUCUCCGAGGCGCAGCCAAACAUGACAGAAAUUCUUCUUCUACCAGUGAAAGUUCUUCUACGUGUUAAUUUCUUGCUAAGACUGCGAUAGAAUUAUCUAAAAAGCAAUAUGGAUGAAAAUUUCCCAUUUGGAUGUAUUUGUCAUCUUUAAGUUGCAGGGCUGUAGCUCUUUUCUGUUCAUCUUUGUCCUUUUUAAUUGACCUUCUUUGGAAAUAAUGAGUCAGUCAUGCAAUCAACCUCAAUUCAAAUUUCAUAGGAUACCUUUUUGCAGCUAAAU